UCGGGCUUCCGCGGGCGGGGCCGCUCGCCCCUGGGGCUUCGGAGCGCUCCGGAAGGGCCGCGGGCGGCUGGCCCCGCUCCUGCACCAUGUUGCGCGGCCUGGGUAGCUGGCUGGGGCUGGAGCGAGCGGGCGAGGAGAAGCUGCUGCCCGCCGAGGAGAGGAGCAGCUCCGCGGAGGAGGAAGAAGCGGCGGCAGCUGUAGGCGCGGAGCCGGCGGCGCAGAGCUCGGAGCAGGUGGAGCUGCAGGCGGACUCGGAGGCUCUCCUCAGCCAGGCCAAGGGACUCGGCAGUUACCUCUUCAAUUUUGCCACUGCUGCUACAAAAAAGAUCUCUGAAUCCGUUGCUGAGACUGCACAGACAAUAAAGAAGUCUGUAGAGGAAGGGAAAAUUGACAGCAUCAUUGACAAGACAAUUAUUGGAGAUUUUCAGAAGGAACAGAAAAAAUUUGUCCAAGAGCAGCAAACCAAAAAAUCAGAAGCAGCAGUGCCUCCCUGGGUAGACAGCAAUGAAGAAGAGACCAUUCAGCAACAAAUUUUGGCCUUAUCAGCAGACAAGAGGAACUUCCUGCGGGAUCCCCCGGCAGGGGUGCAGUUCAAUUUUGACUUUGAUCAGAUGUACCCUGUGGCCAUGGUGAUGCUCCAAGAAGAUGAACUUCUCAAUAGGAUGAGAUUUGAUCUAGUUCCCAAGCAUGUAAAGGAGGAAGUGUUCUGGAGAAACUACUUCUACAGGGUGUCCCUAAUUAAACAGUCAGCACAGCUCACUGCCCUGGCAGCUCAGCAGCAGGCAGCAGGCAAAGAAGACAACAAAGGCAGAGAAGAGGACAACCAGCUGAAAGAAGCAGUGCGGCCCAAAACACCUCCCGUUGCCAUAAAGCCUCCAAUCAAACCUCAGGAGGAUGAAGAAGAGAUUUCCACCAGUCCAGGUGUGUCAGAGUUUGUGAGUGAUGCUUUUGAUGCCUGCAAUCUGAAUCAGGAAGACCUGAGAAAAGAAAUGGAGCAACUGGUGCUGGACAAGAAGAAGGAAGGGGCUUCAGCAGUCGAAGAAGAACCUGCAGACUGGGAGAAGGAGCUGCAGCAAGAGCUGCAGGAGUACGAGGUGGUGACGGAGUCGGAGAAGCGUGACGACAACUGGGAUAAAGAAAUCGAAGAAAUGCUGCAAGAAGACAACUAAAGCAUUCCCACACCACCCCCCCAGCCCUGAGCACUUUCCCCAGGACUGAGGUGGAUCUCUGCUUUCAGGUUGUGCUGACAAAAGGACAUCCCAGAAUCCCCAGCUGUUAUAAUUCCAUAUGGGAAUGCAACCAGUACUUCUGUUCUUUCUGUGAGCA